GGAAAGAAAAAAAAUUUGAAAAAAAAGAGAAACAAGAAAAAAGAUGGAAAGUGGAAAAAAAAAGACAAAAAGAAGAAAAAGAAAGAUACGGAAAAGAAGAAAAAAAAGAUAAAGAAAAGAAGAAAAAGAAGAAUAUAGAAAAGAAGAAAAAGAAGAAUAUGAAAAAAAAAAAAAGAAGAAUAUGGAAAAAAAGAAAAAGAAGGAUGUAG